UUCAAGAUGAUUUCUUCAAUAUGUUUGGCGGGGGCGCUCUGCUGUCUCACGCUUCUUCCAGGCCUGCUGGAGGCAAAAUCUCUUCUGAGUGCUAUUAAGCAGGAAGAGAUGGUCCCUGUCGGCCAUGUUAGUAUCAACUCAGACAAAGCAAACGACUUUCUAACUCACUCCAGACCAAAGCGUAACGCAGACCCCCGCUGGUACAGAGGAAACCCAGACUUCCAGGCUUACUACAGAUACUAUAGCAGCAUCGGACACACUGAGGGGCUCUAUGAGAUUGACAAGCUGCGGAUGCUCUACCAGCAGAUGCGGUACCUGGAGCACACCUACGGCCCCAACGCCUCCUAUUUCCAGAGCAAACUGGGAGUGCCGAUGCUCAUGUGCGACCCAGCCACAGACAAGAAGUGCAAAGCGGCUCCUCCUCCUCCUCCAAUGAAGGGGCUCCCCAAGGCCACGAUGCUCCCAGCCACCCCUCCUCCUCCCCCUAUAGCUCCAGCCAUCUCCCAGGCGGAUGUCCUCUACCUGUGCAACAAGAAGGACCCCCUCUGCAAGCCCCACAUUGUCUACCUGCCCAGCGGCGCUGUGCCCGUGCUCUGCGACCCCCGCUACCACCCCCACUGCACUCCUCAGAAGGCCCCACCGGCCCCCGUGGCAGUGCCCCAACCUCCCCCUCCACCGCCGAAGAAGUCCGCCCCGCCUCCACCUCCCCCGAUCCUCGUCAAGAAGUCUCCCCCGGCCCAGAUCCGCACCUUCAAGGGCAUGGAGUACGACUGUGACCCCUACUGGGACCCCGACUGCCUGAUCGACCACCCACCCAGGCCCAUCAAGGGGAAGAUCGUGGUUCCCCCACCACCACCUCCACCCGUGGAGGAAGAAGAGGAGGUACCUGUGGAGGAGCCAGCACCCCCUGCACUCAAAGAGAAGAAGAUAACCUACCCUUUCUCUUACCCAAACUACCACCCCCUCCCCUACGACCCCAGGGAUGAUCUGUACGACCCGGUCCGCUUCCAGUACCCACAGCCUGCUGAUCCUGCCGACGAACCCGCAGAGGAGAGUCAGUGAAACGUCCAGGAUACGUCUCUUAAAAUGAAACAGACUUUGAUGGAAAAGUUGCACAAUUUCUUAUCCACUGUCAUGGAAAGCAACACGUACUAGAGUUGUGAUAGGAUGUAGUGUUAUUCAGCUGACAGCUUCAUGUAUUUAUCAUCACUGUCAGCAUGUAAACCAAACAUGUUUUCAAUUGGGACAAGCAUUUCAUGCAAAUGAUUUUUGAGUGAUAAUAAAAUGUGAAA